GGCUCAUUCAUCCAAUAUGCCGAAGGAAAAGAAGCCGAAGCGUGCGUGUGCGCUGGAAAAGCAGCUCGCCUACGAUGCAAAGCCCAAGUACAAGAACAAGGCCAACAAGGCGUCAGAAUCGGAUGACUCGGACAACGAAGGCGAUGCGUAUGUACCUCGUAAACUGACCAGCAAGACGUUGGCCAUGGCGCGUGCACAGCAAGCGGAGGAAGCCGAGGCGUUGUACCGAAGGCAGCGAGCUCAAGCUCCUGCGAAGAUGAGCAAUUUGAAUAUCGACAGCGACGACAGCGAUGACGAAGACGAUGAUGGUGGCUUCGACGACAUGGUCGAUGACGACGUGGAGGAACUUGUCCGUUUGCAAGACGGCUAUGUGGAAGAUGUCGAGAUCUGCGAAGAGGACGAGCAAGUGUUGGCAAACUUUUUGAUCGGCGCGCCCGAACGUCGUAACCUCGCCGACAUCAUUAUGAGUAAGAUCCACGAAAAGGAAGCCCGUGACCAGGGCGACGAGGGCGAGACCAUGUCCCACACGGGUGCCAGCGGCCAGACCUUUGACCCCAAGAUCAUUGAAGUGUACACGGGCGUGGGCAAAAUUUUGCAGCGUUACACAAGCGGCAAGCUGCCCAAGGCGUUCAAAAUCAUUCCGUCGUUGAGCUACUGGGAAGACAUUUUGUGGAUGACCCAACCGGAGAAGUGGUCGCCGCACGCGAUGCGCGCUGCCACGCGACUUUUCGCAUCGAACUUAAACCCGAAGAUGGCCCAGCGAUUCUUCAACAUCUUUUUGUUGGAACAUUGCCGUCAGGAUAUUCGGGACAACAAGCGCCUCAACUUCCACUUGUACAUGGCGCUCAAGAAGGCGCUGUACAAGCCCCAAGCGUUCUACAAAGGCAUCAUUCUCCCUCUCUGCGAGUCCCAGAACUGCACGAUCCGCGAAGCUGUCAUCAUUGGAUCGACUCUGUCCAAAGUGUCCGUUCCUGUGAUCCACUCGGCCGCGACGCUAAUGAAGUUGGCCGAAAUGCCGUACUCGGGUGCCAACAGCGUGUUUAUUCGCAUUCUGCUGAACAAGAAGUACAGCCUGCCCACGCGGGUCAUUGGCGCGCUCGCCUCCCACUUUGAAGGGUUUAUCGACGACACGCGGGAGAUGCCGGUGUUGUGGCAUCAAGCCCUCCUCGCGUUUGUCGAACGCUACAAGAACGACAUCUCCAAGGACCAUCGCGAACGCAUGAAAGUGCUGUUCAAGACGCACGUCCACCACCAAAUCACGCCCCUUGCUCGAAGGGAAUUGUUUAACGAAUAAGUAUCAUAAUAGAUUGCCACGUCCUGGCGCCUCCGUCAGCGGCACCACCUA